AUGUUCGCUCUGCCCGCGGCGACGCCCACCGUGGCCGCGGCCGGUCCGAUCGCGUCGACGAGCGAACCUUCGAGCACGAAGAGCGGUGAUGGGAGCUCACCCGCGUCGAGGUUUCAGCACCUCCUGUCCGCCCUGCGAAGGCUCGAGCUCGGACGGGUGAGCGAGCGCGAUCGAGAGCGCGCGCGCGCGGCACUUCGAUUGAACGAGAAGCGUCUGCGAGAGGCGGUGUUUUUUGAGCCGCGUCGAGCCGAGGAUGCGGCCAAGGUGACGUCGGGAACGGUGACGCUGAGCCACGGACUUGAGGUACGCCUGGGAGAGUUGGACGUGGAGCACGCGAGUAAGAUCGCGGUGGCGCUGGACGUUAAUGAGAUAGCGAGCGUCGAGCUCAUAGUAGGCGCGAUAGAGAACGGGGCGCCGGCGGACGACGUGGUGCCGUCGGCUGUGGGGAUUUACAUGCGCGAGCGCAUGGCGGCGCUGGAGUCGCUACUCGUCGUUCUGAGGUGCGCCGAUGGAUCGACGCCGCUCGAUGGCGUCAUGGACGAAGAACUGAAGGAAUACGCCGAAUGCCUGCUGAGGGAUGGUUCGCUUUUCGGACAGCUGGUGAAACUCGUCACGGCGCCACCGCCUGGCGGACCGUUUCUUGUCGCACCGCAACAACCACAGGCUGGCGCGCUAGUGCUCACAAACGCACCGACUCAACCUGUCGGACGUGCGCUUGGUCCGAUGGAUAAAUUGUUCGACAUUCGCGGGCGUCCGAUGUUGCGACAAGAAUGCGUUGCACAGGAGCGCAGGUUAGUUGUUGAGUGUUUGUUCCACUCGGCUCGUGUUUCACCAAGCCUGAGCAUUGAAAACGCCCAGGCGCUUUUAGUUUUAGCCGGAAGAUCGGCUGAUGCGAUGAAACAGCUGGAGAAAGUUGCAGUAGAGGAUGUCCCAACCGGAUACGGCUCAAUUUUCGCCGCCGCGGCAAUGUUCACACCUGUCAAAUCAGGAGUGGAGUCCGCGAUGACGAAGAUGGAGCUCGCAAAGGGUGUGCUGUCAGCGAUCAAUUCGCCGAACGCGCCGCCACUCUUUUCGUUCAUUCGAUUCGCAUGGGCCACGUUGGGUCUUGAUUUGGGGUUACCAGAAGCCGAGGAAAGUAUUCGAGAGAGUCUGAAGAACGAUGGCCUCGAGGCCAUUGAUCUGAUUCUGAAAACAGGCGUAUUUCAAGACGAACACGUCGCCGCUCGAUCUCAGAAUCUGAUGCUCGUAGAUACAAUUCUAUCCCGGUACCUGCACCAUAACCUGCGUAAAACAACGUUGCAUAGAAUGCUCACUGACGGCACAGGUGUGCGGGCACCUUUUGUGGAAAAUGGAGUCACCAUUGAAAUCGAUCCGGCGAAACCCAUGGCUGAUUUAUGCUCCGUAUUCUCAGAGAUCUACACGCAAAAACCAGAAAUGGCGGACGGUUGCUCAAAUUUAAAGAGUUUUCUCGAGAUCGCAGGUGAUAGCGAGCACUCCGUCGGCUCACUGGUGAAACUUUUGGAUCUUUGCAGGACCAUUGCGCAGACGACUGAAGGAUCGAGACGCAUUUUUGAACUUCUUCAACGUAGUCAAGGCGCGGCCAACUGGGAUCGUUUGUUGGGUGCGCUGAUUGGUUAUGUACAGCGUUUCAUGUCGAGUCCGGAUGAUUUGUUAGACGCUGGAGAAGAGUACGAUCCGAGAGAUGGGGAGCCUGAGAUGAACGAGGCAGAUGCCGAGGGAUUACGAGCCUAUCUGUCCGUGUUCAAGGCAGUGAUGGAACACGCUGAGCGCACGGACGCUGCACACUGGCUUAUGUGGCUAGAACAUAGGAUUGGAGCGUCGUUGAUGGAUGCGCUGCUUCAGUUAUACAUCAAUCCGGUUCCGUCGUCACUCAAGGCGUCGCUUCUAGACGCUAUUAGCGCACUUUGUUGGGAUUCGAACAAGGCGUCGGACGUUUGGCAACUACUCGACCAGGCAGGUAUAUUGCCGAAUCCGUCACAAACUGGUAUGUUACAAACGGUGCAGUCGCAGAGGUGCGAUAUUCUGUACAUUUACUCCGUGGUCGAAUCGCAGGAACAGUCGUAUGCGAGCACCGCAGCGUGGCUACGUUUGAUCAGUAAACUCUUGAUGAUAACCCAAGACAGCGAACUCGGACCUUGCUCGGACGCAUGCAGUCCAGCAUGGUUUCAUUCUCGAUUUAUUCGAGAGCGACUUUUCGGCGAACUAGACACACGCGUGCACAAGGACCAAACGGAGCGCUGGAGAAUGGCUCGCGAUUGCAUCGACCACUUCCUGUUUGUUCUGCGAACGAGUGAAAAUUAUCCGUCCAUCUCUGGUAUGGAAGACUCAGGCACACCGAAUAUAGGUGCUCCUCUAGUCAUCAGUCAGGGCGAGUCUUCAACAGCAUUGACGAUCAGGAAUGCGGAUCAAUCUCAAGGUGUAUCUGAUCGAUCGGGCACCCCAGGCUCAGAUAUCCUCUUGGACUUCUUAACGACUGGGCCGACUUUCAGAAUGGUGAUGAACAUCCUUUCUAUUGGUGCGGAGCAUCUGAGUUUCGAGCGGAAUGCGCCUCAUGGUGACGCGUUGGAGCGCUGUGUAUUAGGUUCUUUGCAGUUGCUCGACUACAUGAUGUCGAUUGACGUACAUGCAGUCAGGAAGCUGCGUGUGAAGAAUAAGGAAGCGUUCUUCUAUCGUACCGUGGAUGAAUCCUUAAGUGCAGAUAUUACGCUGAUGGCGAACGUGCUCGGCUAUGUUCAGUACAAGUAUAGCGCCGAGAUCCCGCUGGCGGCGCUUAAAAUUUUGCGCGUUCUCUGUAGCCGAAUAGAUCACAUUGUGCUAGUACUUCCUCCGGUCUCGAGAGCCGCGCUGGUGGAGGGUUGCGCAAGCUGUCUGGAGCUCGCUUUUGCCAUGCCUCCUCCAGGCGAAGGUGAAUCAAUAGCGGACGAGAACGCUCAAAAUGCGAUCGAAUGUGCCAGUUUAGUAUUUGCGCUGCUUCACGAAAACUUGACGCGUCCGGGUACUAACCUAUCACACCUGUUAUUGGGCUUUGAUCUCACUGGAGCGUCAAGCGAGAUGGCCUUACGGCCGUUUUCAGAGUUCAACUGUUUGAGCGUACUCUUCGAGCUUUUAGAGGCAGCUCCGCCCUCGAUGCACGCCAGCGUCGUCUUACCGUUUGAAGCUCCAGAACUCGCCGCAGAUUUGUUACACCGUCUCGCGACGUUGAAGUCUACUGCGCCGCCCGUAUUGGCACUGCUCCAACAGUGGCCGCCGCACGCACCAAGCGCAGUGCUACCAGAUUUACUCGCAGAUGCGCUUCGUACGCAUCUUCCAGAUGAACCGGCGAAAAGAAGAUCCGUGAUGCAUCAUCGUGCAAGUAUUUUGCGUCUGUGCGCAGAAGUUCUGGACGUUGAGUCUCCUCCAGCAAAGAACCGCCUGCCAGAGAUGGCGCCGGCGCUUGUAUUGGAUAUCAUGACUGUUUUGCUCGAUAACGGUCGAGAAGGCCUCAGCACGUACGCACACGAUGUGAACGUUGAGCACGGUCAGUUUGCGGUAUUAGAGCUCCCGAAGAGCAUCACUCAUUUAUCGGGGGCGCACCACGAACACGCGAUUACAGCAAACUUUGGUCCCGAGAUACUUGAGACGAUGGAGGAACUCUCAGCGACGCAAAUUUUGGACGAUUCCAAGCAAGUGAGCGAGGGUGGGAUAUUCGCUUUCAAUAAAAGAGGCGACAAGAUUAUUGAUGCGGAUGUUGUGCGUGCCAAGCUUCAGGCGGAGUGCAAGCGGCUUGAAUCUGAAUCGAACGGGUACAUGGUGAGGCAAGAUGCAGUACUUGUUGCUAAACUCCAGCGCGAACGCGCAAUCGAUGCCUGUCUCCAAGUUGUGGAAGCUCGAAACACCGUUGUUGAGGACGCCACGGCCCGAUCGGAAACAUUUGUUGCGUGGGAGCAACUGCUUACCACCGUCGUUUCCAGAGGAUUGUCGAGCAUUGUCACUGCAAUAGAGCUCCAGAGAGCUGUGGUGACGAUGGCGAAUGUGCCCGCAGACGAAGGGCCAAUGAGCGCCCAUAGCAUCAUAUUCGAACUUGUGGACGGUGUUCUGGCCGGUAUCUGUGAGGCCGAGCCGUUCGGAGGUGGUUCCGACGUCGCCAAGGCCGUGCCCUUCUGUCGACUGGUGCACACAAUGCUCUCGCAUCUUCGCCAGAGGGGCGAGGAAGACCGUUCGAAGAAUGAUACGAGCGUCUUCCUCGCGCCGUCAAAGUGCCGAGCCUUGCUGAGGAGUCUCAUCGCGUGCUUACUGCAUCGCUCACCUUUACCUCAAGCGUCAAGACAGGACAUCAUCAACGCCCUACUUGAUUACCUGGCAUACUGUAGGCCUGAUGCGUUGGGCGUCAGUCCAGUGACGAAACAAGGGCAGACAAUCUCUGGGUUGAGUGCAUCCUUUUCGCAAGCGGCUGACGUUGAUAUCGAGAAAGCAAACGCCGCCAUAAUUCAGCGCGAUGCGACUGCGCUGGUGGACGUUAUAUCUCGAGACGCUCUGGAGGGUUCAAAUGAUACCAAGGCAGUUGCCUUGGCUGCGCUCGAGGCGAUGGUCACCGUGUGCGCACACACAGGUGGCGGUGGCAUCGUCGUUCUUCUGCUGCAGAAUGGUGUCGCUAAAGCAUGUCUGCGUGAGCUGGAGCGAGUCUCCAUGCCAGAUUUGGUGCUGAAUACACCUCGUGCCGCCUCUCAAAUGAAGGCCAUUGAGGCGUCUCUUUCGCUGCUCAUGCGCAUGGCGCAAAGCGAACCGGGUCAGAUGAUUGCACUGGGAACGCUUACUUCUUUGACCAACUGUCGCGCAAUCGACGCAUACGCCGACAUCCAUAGCGCUUCCGCGACUAUGGCGACGAUGUCCGUGGAUAAGCCAUACUCAGAGCUUCCGAUCCCUCGAGCGAGACAUCACAAGCUCCUCGUGAACGUCAUUCGCCUCGCUAGAAUUCUCCUUGCUUCAGAUCUGCAGCCGAAAACACCGGUUUCACCGGUCUUGGCGCAGUACAAGGGGGGCGUUAUCGAGAGCAUUGGCUAUCCAUCAGUUGUGGCGCAAGUUUUGGAGUUCGUCGAGGCACACGCGGCAGUGAUCCACCGCGUACUCGCGGACCGCGCCCCUCAACCACACCUCGCUGAUUUGGCAGAGCUCGAGGUGACGGUCGACUUGGUGACGAGAUUGCUCAAGGGUGGCAUCACACCGGAUCCGAAGCUUCGUCUGCACGGUGCGAUCGACGUGCUCACCGCGAUGAUUUGCGGCGCCGAGGCGAACAAGUAUUCAAAGUUCAUUUCGAAAACUUUGGGGCACGCUGAGGCGGAUGAUGACGUGAUGCUUGCUUCCUCGGACGACGCUCACGCGAUCGACGCCGCUGAGCGUAUGUUGGCACGAUUCAUCAACGUCCGAAGCAUGGUUCUGAGUGCGCAGCGCGUACUCGUGAAUAAAGGUCUGACCAAGUUCACGUUCUCUGUGUCCGAUGGCGUCGUGGGCGAUGAAAGGCCAACUGUUCAUCUCUUCGGCACGCUCGUGAUUGAGCUUUCGGGCGAACUCGAUAGACUGUGUAGGGCGAGAAAAUAUGCGCUCAAAUCAAUCGAAUACGGCUCAAUUUUGCGAACUAGUGACGUGAGUGAGUCAGAUUUGGUCGCCAAGGUGGCCUCGCUCGAGGCCGACAUUCGUACCAUAGUGAUCAGCGCUGAAAACUCGCUAGAGAUUUUGUACGCGCACCUUCACUCGUUGGUACAAAAGGGAGAGGACGACAGCCUUGUUGCACCCUCGGCGGAGCUCAGCGGUGGAAAUGCGAAAACACACGAGUUGGGCAUAUUAGCCUCAGUCAUGAUUCCGAGCUUGCAAGCGCUCAUCGAGUACGACAAAUUGGUACUCGGGCUAGAUACGGAGUUCUUAAACAUGAUUGCCACGCGUGUCAGGGACACCCUGGCGGCACCAAAUAGUGGAUCACUGCGGCAACGAUUUGGAAUUGCGUAA